CAAAUUCAUGGUUUUUUUAUUGAAGGCGAUUUUCUAUGGGCUGCUGCGGCUGCUAUUCGAUGUCUUUUCCGGCGCGAUCAACACUUACUACUUCGACCAUUGAUUUUGGAUGAAAUAGUAACCAAUGGUAAUCAUGAUCAACCUAGCGCUUGUGCUGAGGCGAACAACUUCAUCACAAAAGUGACCGCUGAAUUAACUAGGAUGGCCACACAGGAGGCAUACUUGUUACAAGAGGAAAUACAGCUGGCUAUAGAGAGCGCGCGUAAUGAAGAAAAUCUCUCCCAAAUGGAUCCGCGAUGGCAUCCGUGGUUUUAG